UUGUCAAGGCAUCGCACCUACUACGGGUUCAAAAUGGCCUGGUGCAUUGUCUGUGCAGAUCCUUCAACUUGGAUCACAAACAUCUCUCAACAUGAAUGUUCUAGUUUGGGUGUUUCACGUAGGGGGCUUUCUGUCUGUGGGACUAUUUAUGAUUCGGUCAAACUGGAGUGGUUCCCAUUUCUCUUUCAAGGCAAGUCACAGAUGUGGGUCAGUAUUGAAACCUUUCCUGUUUCCAGGGGACGAGGACCUCCUCUGUGUGUUCUCACUAGCGCUCCAAUUCCCAGGGUCUUCAUCGAACUCAAACAAGAUCACAGCAGAAUGAUCCUUAUUUCUCCAGCUUGUCCAAGACAGACUUGGUAUUCAGACCGCCACAAACUGUCCUCUGAGGAACCCUUACUGCUGCCAGUGACCAAAGACCUCCUAAUGCAGAACCAUGCAUCCAUGCUGCACCUGAAUCCUCUAGUACUGCACCUCACAGCAUGUUUCAUCAGUGGUUGAGUGCAGAGGAAGUGCAUUGGUCAGUGGCUGUCCAGAAUGUUCUUCUGAAUAGCAGAAAACCUUCCCCCAGAGCUGCCUACCUAAGUGGAAACAUUUCUCCAUUUGGGGAGCCUCCCAUAAUAUGUGUCCAACUCAGGCCAGCAUUCAGACAAUCCUAGACUGUUUUUUGCAAAUUAGAGUUCAGGCUAGCAUUCAGCUCUGUUAGAGUACAUCUGGUGGCCAUUUCAGUUUUCCAUCGUCUGAUAAAUGGCAAGACUGUCUUAACUCACCCCAUCACUACCAGGUUCUUGAAUGGUCUGAAGAGAUUAUUCCCACCGGUCUGAAAAUCAGUAUCUUCCUGUGAUUUGAAUUUGGUGUUGUCUGCACUUAUGAAACCUCUCCAAGUCUUUUUUGCACCGGUCAGCAAAGGUAUUAUUUUUAGUGGCCAUCACUUCUGUCAGGAGGAAAAGCCAGUUCGGGCCUCUUCCCAGCUCUUUGUGCCAUACACAGAACAUAUGAGGCGCCAUCCAGUCACAACUCAGAGACUUUCCAAAUGGAUCACUAGCUGCAUCGCAGUGGCUUAUGCUGCUAAAGGAGUAAUGCUUCCUGAUAGACUCACAGUGCACUCAACCAGAGCACAUGGAACCUCAGCAGCUUUUCUGGCACAUGUCCCAGUCGUGGACAUCAGUACAGCAACAACGUGGUCCUCAGAUCAUGCUUUCACCAGACAUUAUGCGCUCUCUGCUGCUUCAAGAUUGCUAUCAAAGAGCAACUCCAUGAGACUCAGGGAAUGUGUGAAUAUGCAGUCUAUGUUCAAGCCUUGAUACUUCGUUUAGAAGGGAAGAUUCAAGAGUCCCUAGAACUUUUUCAGACAUGUUCCAUUCUAAAUCCUCAGAGUGCUGACAACCUCAAACAGGUGGCACGGUCAUUGUUUCUGUUGGGGAAACACAAAGCAGCUAUUGAAGUAUACAAUGAAGCAGCUAAACUCAACCAGAAGGAUUGGGAGAUCUGCCACAACCUGGGCGUGUGCUACAUGUACCUGAAGCAUUUCAACAAGGCAAAAGACCAGCUGAACGAUGCCUUGCAGCUCAACAGGCAUGAUCUGACAUACAUGAUGCUGGGAAAAAUUCACCUGCUGCAAGGGGAGACCAACAAAGCCAUCGAAGUCUAUAAGAAAGCAGUGGAGUUUUCUCCAGAAAACACAGAGCUGCUUACGACCCUGGGUUUACUCUAUUUGCAGCUUGGGGUUUAUCAGAAGGCAUUUGAACAUCUUGGAAAUGCACUUACAUAUGAUCCCACCAAUUAUAAGGCUAUCUUGGCAGCUGGCAGUAUGAUGCAGACUCACGGUGAUUUUGAUGUAGCCCUCACCAAGUACAGGGUAAUAGCCUACACCAUGCCUGAAAGCCCCCCAUUAUGGAACAACAUUGGAAUGUGCUUCUUCGGCAAGAAGAAAUACGUGGCAGCUAUCAGUUGCCUUAAGCGAGCCAACUACUUAGCUCCUUUUGACUGGAAGAUUCUGUACAAUUCGGGGCUAGUCCACCUGACAAUGCACCAGUAUGCAUCUGCUUUCCAUUUUCUCAGCGCCGCUGUCAACUUCCAGCCCCGGAUGGGAGAGCUCUACAUGCUCCUGGCAGUGGCUCUGACAAACCUCGAAGAUGUUGAGAAUGCUAAACGAUCCUAUGAGCAAGCUGUAGCGCUGGACCAGUGCAAUCCCCUGGUCAAUCUGAACUACGCUGUGCUGCUCUACAACCAGGGGGAUAAGAAGGGAGCACUAUGCCAAUACCAUGAGAUGGAGAAGAAGGUCAAUGCCCUGAAGGAGAACAGCACUCUCGACUUUGAUCCUGAGAUGGUGGAUGUGGCCCAGAAGGUGGGAGCUGCCCUGCAGGCGGGGGAGAGUCUGGUCUGGACUAAACCCGUCAAAGAUUCCAAAUCAAAGCAGGGAGCUGCUGCAUCUAGCAAACCCUCUAGCACUCAGCAACCUCUGGGCUCUAACCAAGCCCUGGGUCAGGCCAUGUCUUCAGCAGCUGGGUAUGGGAAGACUAUGCAGCUUUCUACAGGUGCUGGAGCAUCAGCUCCCCUUGCAAAGGCCCCGUCGUUGCCUCUGGAACCUGAACCGGGCUCAGAAACAGGCCCCGAAGAGACCACACCCCCUACAGAGCCCCAAGAACGGAGAAAAGAGAAGCGCAAAAGCAGGCUGACCACAGAAUAGAACAGCAGCACUGGACGGACUGGGCAGGCGUGGGGCCUGCUGGGCUGUUGGGAGCAAAAUCUUCACUGCCACCCCUUAACUCAAGCAGCGGGGAAGGGCAGCUGCCCCCAGCAUGGCCUGCAGUGACUUCACCAUACUGUGAGCUUAGGCAAAACGCAGCUGGAUGCCAAUACAGUGACAUUAGCACCUGGCCUCAUCCUUGUCCCAGUGAUUCUUUGCUCCAUGGCACCCAGAAGAGGUUCUGAUGAGCUGCCCAUUAGUGCUGCUGUGGGACUGCAUGAGGUAAUUGAGGUGCAAUCCCCUCCUUCCUUGAGGGCAGGGCUGCUGUAGCAUUGCACACAGUGCUUAGGUGCUGAAUCACUGAGAUGGGCUGAGUCAGCAGGAUGGUUUAGCAAGGGCCAACCACAGUGACGGCACAGCUUUUAAAGCAGUAGCUUGGACCAGUUCUCCAGUUAGAGCCCAGAGAGGAUCAUGCCCCUUUAGCAAGUGAGCCUUUUAGCUGGCUCAGAGGAAGCUCUACCAGCCCCCUGUAGUAAGGUCAGUGGAAGGACUGGAGGAGGGGAGAAGCUAGAAAAAUUAACAGGACAAGUGAGUGGAAGCCAGAUCAGUCCAAGAAGUGAAACGACCCUGAACGCAGGCCUGAAGGAGGGGCACCAGUUCAGGCUAUGCUCAUUGACGAUAAUGUGAGAGGCUACUCUGCAUUGCUCAGAGGGAGAUGUGUGCAACCUGCAUGCCUGUUUACCAAAGCCCAGCCUCUCAUCAGGGUUGUCCAAAAACCUGGGGAAAGCAUUUCCAGCCCCCUUUUCUCAGGCAGCUAGCUCACACUGGGAGAGGAGCUCCCUCCCUCAGAGCUGUUCGCAGUGCUGUCAGUCCUGCAAGGUAGAGGUGACAGGGACUGGGCGGGAGCAAACUUCUUUGUAAUAGACUCACCCUUCAGCCAGUAGCAAAUGAAAGGAGAUUGGAGUUUCAUCCAUAGUGUAAGUUUCUUGCUGGCAGAGCAGAGCAGAGCAGACUUACGGCAGGCAGGGGGCACUUUGAUACCCUACUAACACGCUGCCUCAGUUUGGUGGGAGUUUUAAAGUGUGUGGAGUAAUUUGCCUUCAACGUCCAGCUCUCCUGUUUGUUCUGGUGGUGACAGGCUGGAACCAAUUCCAUUCCCACAGUGAUGGAGAGGAGGGGACCAUAUUAAGGGCUUCUCAAAUACAGCCCUUUGUGGUAAUCAAUCACUAGCGCUCAAGAAAAUAACGUAAUUAGCCUGAGCCAGGGCUGUUGUUGGGACACCUGACUGAGGAAGAUGAUUUGGCAAAGGCAACACAGCAAGAUCCUCAAUGUGCUCCCUUCCCCAUAACUUGCUGCUAGUUAUACCAAUUUGGUCAUUUAAAGUUUCCUGUUGCUAAAAUAGCUCUCACCUUUUGAACAACGUAGCUAUUGUCAACUUUACCCCAGCCCGACAGAGGAAACUUUUUCCCAGCAGCUGCUGCUAGGCUAAGCACCUCACACCUGAAUGGAGCCAUCUGAGGCUGUUUUCCUUCUGAGUUAAGAGACUAGUUAAACUAAAGGUUAGGCCAGUUUCUCUGCCCUUCAUCCACUAACAGUUUGUACCUCCUAGCUGCCCUGCCCUCAGUUCCACAGAACACUCCAGCCAAAAAAAGCUGCUUUUUCAACAUAAAACAGAACCACUGACAUCUACAUAAAAUGUCAGGAUGUUGUAGCCCUUGUCUGCCUUGCCCCACAGUGAUUGCAAUCACUCUAAUCACGGCUCAAGCCCCUAACACACCUUAGGCCACUGAAUUAAUAACUUGUGCAAGGAACCCUUUGUUAGUGUGAUAGGAACCUACAGUGUGUUUCACAGGUUUUCUGUACCUACAGCUUCCACUGCUGUCAGUGUAUCAGGUGCUCAGACCUCUGAAAGGUCUAGCCUGGGCAUUAUUUACAAGUCCUAUUCUAGCUGUAUUACGGGAUAACAACCUUCAAGUUGCAUCAGUGUUAUUUUGCAUAAUCAACAGUACCUAAUCAGAGUGUACAAGUGAAGGCAAUUAACAUUACCGGAUCCUUAGUUUAGUCACCAAAUGCCUGGUGCAACAUGGGCCAGGUUCUGGGAAUAACAGCAGCCCCCUGUUAUCUAUUCCAAUUAGCUACUAUUGUGCAAAAUGACACUAAUGCAAUUUUAAGAUUAUUAAAGCGCAAUCUGGAACCAAAGUUAAUGUAUUUUGGGGGUUUAGCUGACAAAUGGUUGAUGAGAUCUUGUUCUAUUAAACACACUAAAUGAACAGCA